AUGAAGGACGAGCUUAAGUAUCUGACGGGGUUCGGUUGCGAAUUCUCGAGCGAGGACGAACGUUGCCCAGGCGCAUUGCCUGUCGGUCAGAACAGUCCCCAAAAGUGUCCUUACGGUUUGUACGCCGAGCAACUGUCCGGCACAGCGUUCACUGCUCCGCGAAGUCGAAACAAACGUUCAUGGUUCUAUCGAAUCAGACCGUCCGUGGUGCACAAACGAUUCGUACCGUACAACGAUGCUGCUCCUCGUCUUGUCUACUCCUGGGACGCUGGUUUGACGACACCGAAUCAGCUGAGAUGGAAAUCGUUCGACGUGCCGAGCAGACGUGCCACGGAGGUGGAUUUUCUCGACGGUCUGCACACGAUUUGCGGGGCGGGUGACUGCCGUACGCGACAAGGGCUCGCGAUCCACGUAUACCUGUGCAACGCUUCCAUGGGCGACAAGGCGUUCUACAACGCUGACGGUGAUUUUCUGAUAGUGCCGCAGCUGGGCGCGUUACUGAUCACCACGGAGUUCGGCAAGAUCCGUUGCGAACCAAACGAGAUAUGCGUGAUUCAACAAGGUAUGCGAUUCAACGUGACGGUUUACGGGCCGUCCCGCGGAUACAUUCUGGAGGUGUUCGACGAUCACUUUCAGCUUCCGGAACUGGGACCCAUAGGUGCGAACGGCCUGGCGAAUCCGCGGGACUUUCAAACGCCUGUCGCUCGAUACGAGGACCGUGAAACCAAUUACAAAAUCGUGAGUAAAUUCCACGGGAAGCUGUUCAUCGCCGAGCAAUCGCACAGCUCCUUCGACGUGGUCGCCUGGCACGGGAAUUACGUCCCCUUUAAAUACCAUCUGGACCGAUUCAUGGUCGUUAAUUCGGUCUCGUUCGAUCACUGCGAUCCGUCGAUUUUCACGGUUCUAACGUGUCCCUCGAGAAAGCCCGGGACAGCGGCCGCCGAUUUCGUGAUAUUCCCGCCCCGAUGGUCCGUGCAGGAGCAUACUUUCCGUCCGCCAUAUUAUCACCGGAACUGUAUGAGCGAGUUUAUGGGCCUCGUGAACGGACGUUACGAAGCAAAAGAGGAAAGUUUUCAUCCGGGCGGAGCGUCGUUGCAUUCCAUUAUGACGCCUCAUGGACCGGAUACGCGUUGUUUCGAAACCGCCGCCAACAACGAGCUGAGACCCGAGCGUGUCGCCGAUGGGACCCAGGCAUUCAUGUUCGAGACAUGUUACAGUAUGACGGUCACCGAAUGGGCCCUAACGGUCUGCAAUAAACUCGACGACAAUUAUAACGAUUGCUGGCAAGGUCUACGGAAACAUUUCGAUCCGAACGCUAAGCCCGGAACGUCUGAGCAUUGA